CCUAGCCGCUUCCUCCCCGGAGGCCCCGCCCUCAUCGAGCACGCCCCUGCUCUGCCUCCCUGACCUGCACCGUCUGGGCCCCUUCAUGCCUCUCUAAGCUUGUUCUGGCCUCCCGCGGCCCCCCACAACUCCCCUGUACCUGCAUGUUCUUUCCAUCAACCCUGCUUCUCCCGCACCGACCCAGCCUUCUCCCCGCAUGUGCUUAGUAAAUAGUGCGGAGGCCGGAUGGUGGUGGACCUCGGAGGUCCCUGCUUUCGAGAGGCCCUCGCCCCAUGAGAGAGCCAGUAGUAAGGAGUUUAGAGGCCUGGUGAUAAGUGUUUAAUGAAGGAAGCAUAGUAUUGCGAUGCUAAGAGGUGGGACUAGAGUUGUCCCCCCCUUGCUGGAAGGGCAGGCUGGCCUUUUCCCCAAGUGCCGUUGGCUUCUGCUGAUGCGGAAUCUUGGCCCCAACCACUGUCCCUUAAAUUCUUGGGAAUUAGUAAAAUCUUGUCAUGGGCCCUUUUAACCAAAGUUGGUAGUGACUCCCACAGCUCAUGGGUCCACCACAGUGUGCUCUGCAGGAAGUUGGAGGCAAGAGACAGGCACCAUGACGACCCUGGAUGAUAAGUUGCUGGGGGAGAAGCUGCAAUACUAUUACAGCAGCAGUGAGGAUGAGGACAGCGACCAUGAAGACAAGGAUGGGGGCAGGGGUGCGCUGGCUGGCACUUCGAUGCCAGCAGAUGCUGAGUUGGCAGGCGAAGGCAUCUCAGUCAACACAGGUCCAAAAGGGGUGAUAAAUGACUGGCGCCGCUUCAAACAGUUGGAGACAGAGCAAAGGGAGGAGCAGUGUCAGGAAAUGGAAAGGCUGGUCAAGAAGCUGUCAAUGACAUGCAGGUCCCAUCUGGAUGAAGAGGAGGACCAACACAGGCAGAAGGACCUCCAGGAGAAGAUCAGCGGGAAGAUGACUCUGAAGGAGUUUGCCGUGAUGAAUGAGGACCAAGAUGACGAAGAGUUUCUCCAAAAGUAUAGGAAGCAGAGAAUGGAAGAGAUGCGGCAGCAGCUUCAUAAGGGGCCCCAGUUCAAGAAGGUUUUUGAGAUCCCUAGUGGAGAAGGGUUUUUGGACAUGAUUGAUAAAGAACAGAAAAGCACCCUCAUCAUGGUCCAUAUUUAUGAGGAUGGCAUUCCGGGGACCGAAGCCAUGAAUGGCUGCAUGAUUUGCCUUGCUGCCGAGUACCCAGCUGUCAAAUUUUGCCGAGUCAAGAGCUCAGUUAUUGGGGCCAGCAGUCGCUUCACCAGGAAUGCCCUUCCUGCCCUGCUGAUCUACAAAGGUGGUGAAUUGAUUGGCAAUUUUGUUCGUGUCACUGACCAGCUGGGGGAAGAUUUCUUCGCUGUGGACCUUGAAGCUUUUCUACAGGAAUUUGGAUUGCUCCCAGAAAAGGAAGUCUUGGUGCUGACGUCCGUGCGUAACUCUGCCACCUGUCACAGUGAGGAUAGCGAUUUGGAAAUAGAUUGAACUGCCAGUCUAAUUGCAUAGAUUUCUCAUUGUUUGGGCUGGAAGACACAUGUCUGGGUAUUUAUUUCUGUUCCUUCCUGUGUCAUGUGGUUUUUCAGCUGUUCUUUGUAGUCCCUUUUAUUAUAUGUAAAGGCAAGAAAUUCUUAGAUUAAAUGGGAAUGUUGCAUCACCUUGUGGCUAGCAGUAAAGUGACUUAAAAUUGUAUAAACAGGAAGCCGGGCUUUUGAACUGUUUACUUAAGAUUCUCUAGCAUGACAUCUCUGUUAUUGUUUCUAGUCAAUAUUUACAUAACAUCCUAAAGACAGUGUCCUGGAAAUUGUCUUCAGACCUCAGAGCUCUCUGCCAGGCCUGGGAGUAUAAUUCUGUAGUUAGUGUGUUAUUUGCAACAUAAAUAGUGUGUCUCCUUCAUCAAGAUUAUAAAUUGUAUUUACUUGUAAUCAGAUCCAUAGUCCUGGAAGGCAGGACUAAAUUUUUAAAUUUUUACCUGAGACCGUUCUCCACCAGGGUCUUGUUUAAAGGUUCCAGACAAUGUAUGUUUGUCCCAUCAAGAGGGCAGCUUGAUGCUGGAGCCAGUGCCCUGCUCAAGCAUUAUUAAGUCUUGAAGAGGAGGAAAGAUUGAUGCUGCCUGCCCUCCUGAUGCUGGAAGGCCAGCUUGAUUUAAGAAUCAGAGCUGAUUUGAAGCUGGGAAGCCUUUUUUAAAGGAGGGUUUCUCAAUAAGAUACUCCUGCUCAUUUUUUGUCUGUCUGUCUUUUAUUUAACAAUGUGACUUUUUGUUUUCAUGUAGCUUUUUAAAAAUCUUCCUCUCAAUCUCUCCCUCCCUCUCUCUCUGUCUCUCUCUCUUUUUGCAUAUUAGAAAAGUAAUAUUUAACAGAGGAACAUUUGCCAAACAACAGAAGUGAAAAGAAGAAAGAAUAAUAUCUAAUGUUGCCCAGAAGAAAACACUAUUAAUAUUUUGGCAUAUUUCCCUCCAUCGUAUUUUCUUUGUAGACGUAGACAUUUUGGUUGUUUGUAAACAAAACAAUGGGAUCAUUCUGAACAUACUGUUUUAUAGUAUGGUCAGCUAUUAUAGAUCAAACUUUUUUUUCAUGUUAUUAAAUAAUCUGCAACACUGUAAAAAUGGCCAUCGACAGUCCACCAUGUAGAUAAUGCUGAGUUACUUGGUGGUUAUGUCUUAAAAAAAAAAACAAUGACUUUUUACUACAAAAGUAAUAGAUGUCCAUUGUAGAAAAUGUAACACAAAUUGUUAAGCUAAAAAGAGAUUUUAAAAGUCCUAUAAUUAAAAUAAUAAAUAAAUAAAGUCCUGUAAUUCCACCAACCAAAAAUUAUCCGCAUUAUCAUUUUUACAGAUAUCCUUGUCUUUUCUAUUUGUUUUUUUCUAGUCUUUUCAAUUUGUAUUCAUAUUUAUAAUAAUGAUUGUCAUUUGAUAUUUUUAGCUUUUUUUUUUUUUUUUUUUUACUUAAAAUGGUGUACAUUCUAAGGUCAGGGAAAAUGUAAUGUGGAAUUAAAAGAUUAACUUUAAAAUUCA